UUCUUCUGUUUGUGUUGUUCUCAUCUUUUCUUCUCUUGUUUUGUCUCUGGUCUGUUGUUUAGUCCCGCUCUCAGCUCAGGGAUGCUGACCCUCCCCGCCGAGCCCCGCCCCCAGACCGGUUUGAUGGACUCGCUCCCGGCUGUGGCGCCCAGCUUCGUCCGCUGUGGCGUCUCCGGCAGCAGGAGGAGCCCCAGGAAAAACCACGUGACGGAGCGAAGAGACGCUCAAAAACCGUACGGAAAACCCACCGCCUCCCCGACCCGGAAACCCAGACCCUCUCCCCCCACGGCGCAGAUGGAGCUCGGCGUCCCGUCCAGACUCGAGAGGACCCCGGGAAAACAGGCUCCGUGUCAGGAGCAGUUGAAUUUCAGCGUCGCUCCAGAAACCAUCCAUGACAAACUUCGCCGUCCUCCGAUCUCUCCCCGCGUCUCGUCCCUGAAUCGCACCGUCCCCUGCCACGGGGUGACCUCUGACCCCUCCCGCGCUGCGACCUCCGACUCCGCCCCCAAAGGCUGGGUCAUUGGGCCGCUCUUCCAGUCCUUCAGGUCCAAGAUGGCGUCCUUCACCGAGAUCGUCAUGAGCCCCGUGAAACUGUUCAAGUCCAACAGCACGGAGAGCGAGGCGCCGCCGAACGAGCCCGAAAGCGCGGACGAGAGCCGGUGCACGUCUGCGGAGGACCGGGUCGGAUCUGCGGAAAGGGGGAACCAGCUGACAGACCUGCAGAAGUCCGAGGAGGACGAGGUGGACGUUUUGAGAGCCGAGGUCGAUGAUGUCGUGCCUUGGCGAACUCCCGAAACAGAACUUGAAGCGUUAGUCACCCAAAGUGCCUCGGAUACGGUGAACGCAACCGCCGCCCGCCACGCCCGCCACUGCUGUUACCGCGGCGACGGUGUGCAGAGCGGAGGAGGACGUGAGGUGGAGUGCGAGGACGCGCCAAAACAAAACCACGCCCCAAAUCAAAACCGAAGUGUACACAGACUGUGA